UUGUCCACAGUUCAUUUUUUCUACGUCGCCGCUACAAAAUUAAUAGUUCUGAAAAUUAUUUAUGGCUUCCUUUUCUACGCACUUGCUGUAAAAGCUUGGCAUUUCAUGCUCUGGUUUGUGCACUACAUAAAGAAGAGUAAGUCGCACGAACAUUUCAUAGAGUUUGAACACGAGCGGUGGAUAGCCACGGACACUAUGGCCACGAGUAUGGGAACUACGAUCAUCCGCCUUACGGGUUCAAUAAGCCAGGAUAUGACGAGAUCGACUACUCUUAUAAGAAAAAGAUUUAUGACGCUGACGGUUCCUACUCUGUAG